UGACAGGCAACGUUUCAAUGGUAACAGGCGCGAGCGGCUUCAUCGCCAGCCACGUUGUUCAACAACUUCUUGAAAAUGGCGACCAGGUCCACGCAACCGUUCGCAGUACUAAGAAUAAAAAGAAAAUCGGACACCUCCUCGACAUGCAAGAGCGAUGGCCAGGCAAGCUGCAUUUAUUCGAAGCAGAUUUGCUUGUCGCUGGCUCAUUUGAAGCCCCAAUGAAAGGCUGUUCGGUGGUGUAUCAUAUCGCUUCGCCGUUUUUCAUCGAGAACAAGAUUCGCGACGGCCAGAAAGAGGUUGUUGAGCCGGCUCUGAAAGGAACGCAGCAUGUGCUUGAUGCAGUCGACAAAUGCGAGUCCGUCAAUCUGGUGGUCUUGACCUCGUCUGUCGCGGCCAUCUUCGGUGAUAAUGCCGAUGUGCUAGGAAUGAAGAAUAAGACGCUCUCCGCGGACUAUUUUAACACGACGAGCUCGGUCACCCACAACUCCUAUUCCUAUUCAAAAGUGGUCGCUGAAAAAGAGGCCUGGAAAUUGUACGAAGCCCAGCCAACGCCCCGGCGCUGGAAGCUAGUCACCAUAAACCCGGGGCUGGUCCUGGGACCAUCCUUAUCCCCCACCUCCGAGUCCGGCAGUGCUGGCUUUACUGGAUCAGCUCUUACGCGGACAGCUCUUUCUGGGUGUGCCUGAUUUGUGGUUCGCAAUUGCGGAUGUACGAGACGUCGCAACUGCGCAUAUUCGAGCGGCCCGGAAUCCAAAUUCUCAUGGCCGCUAUAUUCUGGCCGACAAGACAACACAUGGUUUUGUUGAGCUCGCUCGCAUCAUUCGGUCAUUUACACAGUCUUUUACGAUCCCGAAGAAUACAAUCCCGAAUGCCUUAGUACGCAUGUCUGGGCCAGUACUUGGAUUCAGCCAGAAGUGGCUGCGACUCAACCUUGGGAUUUCCUUCAACAUUGAUAAUCGUCCCAGUGUGAAUGAUUUGGAUAUUGUGUAUAGACCACUAGAGGAGACAUUGUUGGAUCAUUAUCGGUCCUGGAAAAGUGCCCAGACAGCGUCGCUUUAA